UUACUGGCAAUGUCGGCAAAGAACAGACUUGAUGUUUUUGAUAAGAAAACCCGAGAUGUAAUUGAAUCGGAUCUUGUUAAAAUGCGUGGCUAUAAAAGGAACAUAGGAAGUCGAAAUCAAGAAAUGACCAUGAAAAAUGUUGAAAAAAAGGUAGAGCAAAUGGGAGCAAAAAACGAAGAAAUGUUCUCCAUGAUUUCAAAAAUUAUGCAAAAACCAAAUUCAACAGGGCAUCUUCAAUGGGAUUCACAAACUCUUGCCGAUUUAAUGAACAAAUCAGAUAGUUUUGAUGAUGAUCAAGAAUCAUUAAAUAUGCCGCGCUCUUCUGAAUCUUCUGCCAUGUCAGUUCGUAAUAGAACGUUAGAACGCCAAUCGGAACCGGUUCGGAAAUCUCCAAAAGCAGCACCAAAAGUUAAGAACGAGGCAGGAAUAACAGCUUCUUAUGUAUUUUAUCGAUUUCUUUUCAUGUUUAUCGCAAUCUUUGUUGUUCCUUUCAUCACUUCGUAUUUCAGACAAUAAGGGUAGAAAUGGUUCGAAAAAAUUCCUUUGUGAUAUUCAUUCAAGCUUUAAUUUUAAUUUUCACAAUCGAUCGAUUAAUCGACUUGUUUCCCCUUCUGUUCAGCUAGCUUAAUGCCAUUUUCAUAUGAUCUUGCCGAAUGUAGACUGUUCUUACAGUUGUGAUACACUAAACAAUUUUAAAAUAAAUUCUUCAGUUUCAUGUUUUC